AUGGAGAACCCGCUGAAGUGGUCUGCUUCUUACUUCGUCGCGCCGCCGAAUCGCUCCCCAAAGAAGCUCCGUGGUGAUAAAAUAUGUCUCCCUCCUUCAGCCCUGGAGAGCAUUCUGAGUGCUCUCCCCGCCCCGUCCUCUUCGCGCGACUAUAGCCCUUCUGUGUUUGAAUCCUUCAACCGUUAUACACCCUCCACCUCCUUCGUCAACAUUGAAGGCCGCAACCAAGGUCGGGAGCUUCCGUACCCUCUCACAUUCCGUAUAGUGAACCCCAAAAAUGGCCGCGUCAUUCAUUCGGGUAUCCUCGAAUUCUCCGCCGAAGAGAACGAAGUUGCCCUGAGCCCCUUCCUACUUCAAAGUCUUGGAAUACACCAGCCGGAACUCGAGUCGCAUCCCCGCUUAUCGGACCUUGGACAAGGCGAGCAUGCUGCUGAAGACAGUGGCCGAAUAUUGGGCCAUGAUCAUCCCAGACUUACUAUCCAUGCCGUACAGCUUCCCAAGGGGACGUAUGUUCGAUUACGCCCCUUAGAACCGGGAUAUGAUACCGAAGAUUGGAAAGCUCUGCUGGAGCGUUAUCUGGGGGCAAAUUUUACUACUCUAACCGUGGGGGAGUCAUUGGCGGUCCAUGGGCGCCCUGACGAGGUAUUUCAACUCCUUGUGGACAAGGUACAACCGGAGGGUGACGCCAUCUGCGUUGUUGAUACGGACUUGGAAGUCGACAUAGAACCCCUGGACGAAGAGCAAGCUCUGGAGUCAGAGAGAAGGCGCAGGGAAAAGCUGAGGACCAAAUCUUUGGCUAAAGGUGGAAAAUUACAAUUUGGGAAGCAGCUUAGUGCCGAGAUAGUCGUGGGCCAAUACGUUGACUAUGAAUUACCGGAAUGGGACCGCUCAGAGCCCAUUGAAAUCGAGUUGGAUGCGGAGGACAAUACCGACAUUGACCUCUUCGUUAGCCCCUUUUCUUCUCGGCAGAGAAAUCGGCCUAGAGAAGAUGAGCACGUCUUUGGUGAUUUCUCAACCGAGUUUCCGAAACACGUUCAGAUUCAACCCACUAAUAUUGAACUUGAGGGUGCGGAGGCGAUCUACAUCUCGAUAUUUGCCCGCCCACCGGAGGAGGGAAUGGGCAAGGAAGGUCAAGCCUGGGACUUUUCCUUGCGUACUAGCGCGUCUACAAAGGGAGAGCAGCUAGGGCUUUCCGACCCUCAGUUUGGCUCCCAGAAUACUGAAGACGAGCAAUGCAAAAAUUGUCAUCAGUGGGUUCCCAAAACAACCAUAGUGUUGCACGAAAAUUUUUGUCUCCGGAAUAAUGUAUUAUGCCCGAAAUGUCAAAAGGUUUUCCAGAAACGAUCCGCAGAGUGGCAGAGCCAUUGGCAUUGCCCUCAUGAUGAAGCCAACGGAAAUGAUGCAUAUAGUAAGGCAAAACAUGAUACUAUCUUCCAUACAGAAGAGCCGUGCUCGAAAUGUCAUUAUAAAGCCCGGAAUUUGCCCGACCUCGCUCACCAUCGCACCACAGUUUGUCCAGAGAAGCUUAUUCUCUGCCAAUUCUGUCACCUCGUCGUCCCACAAAAGGGCGACACUGACCCGGACGUCCUCGAUCCCGAGGUUCUUUUAUCGAACUUGACACCGCAUGAAUUCGUCGACGGCACGCGUACGACGGAGUGCCAUCUAUGCAAUAGAAUUAUCCGCCUCCGAGACAUGAACACCCAUCUCCGCCACCAUGACCUUGAACGCGUUUCCCGCCCCCCACCCCGAGUAUGCAAUAAUCCCAACUGCUGCAGCACCUUGGAUGACCCGGUCAAAAGAGGUAAAGUAGCCGACAAUUCCCUAGGCCUAUGCAACGUCUGCUUCGGCCCUCUUUACGUCGAUUUGUACGAUCCAGAAGGCAAAGCAUUACGGCGCCGCAUAGAGAGGCGAUACUUGUCCCAAAUGCUUAGUGGCUGCGGCAAAUCCUGGUGUCGAAACGAGUACUGCAAGACUGGCCGGGCAAACAUGGGCAUCAGCAGCGUGUCCGCGAAGGAGGCGCUGGCGUUGGUUAAGCCAUUGAUCAACGCGGUUUCGAUUCCCGUAGGCGGCCAAGAUCUGGAGAAUACUUCGCCUUUGUAUUUCUGCUCUGAUGAAAAUAAUCAGACGAGGAGGAAAUUGGCAGAGUUACUUGCUUCGGAGGCGGGUUACGAAUUGGGCUGGGGCGUUGCGGCGAUUCAGGAAGCUGGCGGUGAUAUUGAUCGGGCAAAGGAUUGGUUAAAGAAUUGGGCGCCGAAGAAAGGCGAGAAAUUUGGUGAUCAGAAGUAA